AUGAUCGCCACCGGCGGCCUCCUGAGGAUCUCCGCCCGGAAGCAGGACCCCCUCCGGCCCCCGGGCCAGGUCCCCAAGCGCAAGCGGAAAGCCAAGAAGAGGCGCAAGAACGACGUGGUGGUGGUGAAGGGCAAGCUGAAGCUGUGCUCCGUCUCUGGGCUCAUCGCCCUCUGCGGGAUCGUGGUGCUGCUUGUAGGCAUCGCCCUGGCGGUGGUGGGCUACUGGCCCAAGGCCAACGGGGCCCACCGGGAGGGGGCUAAGCAGCCGCCGCCGCCGCCCGGGGGCAGCGGCCACCGCGUCCCUUCCGUGACCAACAGCAGCAGCGGGGGCAGCAGAAACCGGUCCAGGACCCAGCCGGGGCCUCCGGAAGGUGUCACCGCCAGUUCGGUGGGCGCGCCCCGGAGCACGCCCCCAGCGCGGUCCCCCGCCCCCUCUCCGUCGUCCUCCACGUCGGUGGGCUUCUUCUUCCGCGUCUUCUCGGGCUACCUGCACUCCGACAAGCUCAAGGUCUUCGGGCCCCUCAUCAUGGGCAUCGGCAUCUUCCUCUUCAUCUGCGCCAACGCCGUGCUCCACGAGAACAGGGACAAGGAGACCAAGAUCAUCAACCUGCGGGACCUCUACUCCACCGUCAUCGACGUGCACAGCCUUCGCGCCAAAGACCUGGCGGCCGCCGCCUCGUCCUCCGGCCCCGCCUCGGCGCCCCCCGGGGCCGCGCCGCUGAACGGCUUCCUGGGCUACGUGCAGUCACGGAGCCUGGAGCUGAAGCCCGGGACCCGCGGCGGCGCCGCCGGGGACGCCUUCGGGGCGGCAGCGAUGCUGGCCCGCGGCGCCUGGCCCCACCCCUCGGCGCGGGGUGGGGGUGGCGGGGGGACCCCAGGCGCCGCGUCCCCGCCGGACCUGGCCUCGUCCCCGCGCCGCCCGCGGGAGCCCCCGAGCCUGGCGGAGGCCGUGUACAGCAUCUACCGCGAGCGCCCAGGCGUGGCCGGCCGUCGCCGGGCCGCGAGCAGCGGCAGCAGCCCGGCGCCCGGCAGCCCCGCCGAAACCUGGGGGCGCCCGAGCACCGCCAGCUCCCUCGUGGGGUCGUCGCUGAGCGCCUUCGCGCUGCUGCCCCUGCCGGGGGACCGCGACGGGGACGCGGGGGCCGCGAGCCGCGGCUGGCAGCGGCCGCCCGGGGAGCGCGGCGCCCGGGAGAUCCCGCUCGACCUGAGCCUCGCCGACCUCCGGGGCGGUGCCCGGGGCGGCGCGCGCUGGGCGCCCAGCGAGCCGGAGGAGCCGGCGGCCGCGCGCGCCGCCAGAGGGCAGGGCGGCCGCCUACCCAGGACCGGCAGGCACGCGGCCCUGCGGCGCCGCAGCACCAGCGGGCUGCCGGACUACCGGGCGGCCCAGUCCCCCGAGCCCCCACCCGCCUCGCGCAGCGCGGACCUGGACUCCAGCCUCCCGGAGCUCGCGGCCUCCCCGGAGCCCCCCGCCCGGCCGGACUCGCCGAGUUCCCAGUCCGAUGACCCGUCCUGCAGCCAUAAGGGCUACACUCCCCUGCGGGAGACCGGCACCUCCCUGGAGUCGAUGGGGGGCCUGGGGGCCGGUGGAAACCCAGACGGUGGGGACGCCCCCGCCCCGGGGCCGGAGCAGAGACCCCCGGAGGAUCCCGGUCAGGAGGCCCCCGAGGCCGAGCUCUCCCAGCCGGUGCAGAGGCAGUUUACAAACAAGGAGAAACUCUACAUGAUUUCCCGGUCUCACGCCUCAGGGGUCGAAGACGGAGAACUGGAGAGUGCAGGCAUUUAG